AUGCCUUCGCUUUACGACUCGUUCACCGGCCGUCCAUGGGAUCAGCCCACGCUUUAUGGAGUGCAAGAAGCCAGCGCCCAUAAGACGCACACCUCCGGCUCAUCGACUGCAGCCAGCACGCCUCCCAGAUUCGGUGUCGAUAUACCUGUGGAUUACUGGACCGAUUUGGCAUCACGACUUUGCCUCGACCCGAAAGCAGGCGACCUUCGCAAAGGGGCUGGCGUGGAGAAAGAAACGCUCAUUGAUGGCUUCAAAUCGGAAGCUGACGUUGUAAACGCAGCAACGCUGUACCUCUCAAACCCUGUCCAUCGUGCUUAUCAGCUCGUCCAUCCAGAAGAUAAAUGCCUUAACGAGGUCUACCAUCAUAAAGCAAAUGAGACCACCUUGGACCCCGAGUUAGGCUCCGCCCGUGUGGACAGGGCAUAUUUUAAAGGAGAGCCUAGUAACAAGGUCAAACCUGGCAGCUCCAAGAAUAUAUUCGCCUUGAUGGAGUACAAAAAGCACGGAACCAUCGACAGAAGUCAAUUUGCACGAGCUAUAGCCCAUUCAGCACAACAGUUCAUUGAACUUGAUGAUGAUGCUCCAUUUAUCAACCCAGACAACCCUGCCGACGCUCCAAACCGGGACCCAAACCACAUCAUAUUGAUGAAGCAGGCAACUCAUUAUGCGGUCAAAUACAAGACUCGAUUCGUGGCUUUGUGCGACUUUAACACUUUACUGUUGCUAGUAAUGGCAAAAACGGAGAGAAAUCUAGUCGGCGGACGAUAUGCCUACAUGACUAUAGUAAAGGAUCCGAAAGACAUGCGAAAGGCGUAUCUAGGAUUCCUUCUAGCGGCUAGGGGAGAAGCUGACACAGAUACUACAAAACGGUUCUUGGAUCGAAAUGACAGAGAUGUCUUCCAGAAGGCCAGAGAUUGGGACAAUAACGACAACCCAUUCGGUCCCGCGACAAACUCACCUCGGAGAGGGAGAAAUCCCAAUCCCAUCCACGAUUCUCCACAAAACAGCCAGGGCAGCGAUGUCUCCAUGACCGGAAUGCAGCGCGGCGGAGCACCGCAAAUCGUCACCGCCAAGAAGCCGGGACCAGGUAACGGCGGCGCUGGAGACAGGGGAAUAGCCGGACAGCUCAGCAAGCUCGUCCGCGAGUUCCAGGUCAACCGGCACCGUUUCAUCCACGGCUACUUCGGCCUCCAGAUCCAGCGCAACAUCUAG